AUGUUGGAAAAAUAUGAUGGAACUUCUUAUCCUGAGGAGCACGUGGAUAUAUUCACUACCCAAGUCGGCCUUUACACUAACAAUGAUGCCCUACUAUGUCGAACAUUCCCGACAUCACUCUGUGGACCAGCUUUCAACUGGUUCACUGGAUUACUGUCCGCUUCCAUAGACUCGUUUGUGACGCUUGUCACGCACUUCAAUUUGCAGUUUGCCACCAGUCAUCCUCAUCAACUGACCUCAUUGGCUUUAGUUAAUAUUCGUCAGGAGAAGAAGGAAACACUCAAGACGUUUAUGGAACAUUUCGGGCAAACGACCCUCUCGAUCCGAAACUUGGAUCCGACAACUGCGAUGCACCAUCUCACAACAGCCCUUAGGCCAAGAACCCAACACUCCUUUGGCCUCACUUCUGGAGAAAAGGUACCAACACCCUUUCGGCCUCACAACCCCUUCAGCCUCACUCUCGGACGAGAGGUACCAACACUCAUUCGGCCUCACCUCUUGACGAAAGGUACCAACACCCUUUCGUCCUCACAACCCCUUCGGCCUCACUCUCGGAUGAGAGGUACCAACACCCUUUCGGCCUUACCUCUAGACGAGUGGUACCAAUACCCCUUCCGCUUCACUACCCUUUCGGCCUCACUCUCAGACGAGAAGUACCAACACCCUUUCGGCCUCACUCUUGCACAAGUGAUACCAAUACCCUUUCGCCCUCACCUCUGA